AUGCCCGUUGCGACACAAGCUUCCCUGAAAGGACUCACAUACGAGCAACUGCGAGAUACAGGUUGCAUGCUCUGCCUGAACAAUACGUAUCACCUCGGCCUCAAGCCUGGGCAAGAAGUACUGGAUACAGUCGGUGGAGCACACAAGCUGCAGGGAUGGGACCGCAACCUCUUGACAGAUAGUGGCGGGCUUUUAACGCCCGAACACUCAAUCUCGCUGCAAAAUUCCAUCGGAUCGGAUAUUAUCAUGCAAUUAGAUGAUGUUAUUGCGACUACAUCUCCAGAUCACGCCCGGAUCAAAGAGGCGAUGGAACGCUCCGUUCGCUGGCUGGACCGAUGUAUCGAUGCUCACAAAUAUCCCGAGCGACAGAACCUUUUCUGCAUUAUCCAGGGUGGCUUGGAUCUGGAACUUCGACGACAGUGCUGCGCCGAGAUGGUGGCUCGAGAUACCCCAGGUAUCGCAAUUGGAGGUCUCUCCGGAGGUGAAGCGAAAGACGAGUUCUGUAAACGAUUUGGCAAUGCUAUCGUCUCCGAGGGCGUUUUGAAUCUUCGCAAUAAAUCCUAUGCAGAGGAUUUUACCCCAAUCGACGCAAGUUGCACCUGUCAAUGCUGUCUUCCCACCGAUAAGGGCGGCUUGGGACUGACGAAGGCAUACAUGCAUCACAUUACGGCGAAGGAAACUGUUGGGGCACAUUUGUAA